AUGGAUGGAAAAGUAUCGGGCGAUCAGGCACACCCCUCAUUACACUUGUGGUCAAAACUUCUAAAAGAGGCGCAGUUGAAUGCUCAACAGCGGCACCAAAAUUUCGGCGGAGUCUCCUCCAAAAUGAAUCUUAUUUUUCUCGGAAAACAGUUCUCCGGAAAGUCUGCACUCAUUGCGCGACUCAGGAAUGAGCCCCUGGUUGGUGAGAGGGACAGUGGCGCUGCGUUUGGGUACAACUACAUUGACCUGAAACAUGCUGAAGGCGAGAAUCCAAGGAGAGUACAUGCUUGGCUGCUGGCUACGACUUUAGGCACGGAGAAGCAACUGCGCUUCCUCUUAAAUUCAAAGAACAUCUGGAACAGCCUCAUUUUGAUCUGUGUGAGUAUGGGAGAGCCUUGGGAGAUGGAGGAUUCCAUAAAUCAGUCCCUUCAGCUGGUGGAGGACCACAUAAACCAAAUACAGGAAGUGUGUGAAACUGAACUGGCGGAAUUACAAAAUAGCCUUGAACGAUAUUUUCGCGGAUAUAUUGAUCCUGCAAUUAGUGCGAAGCCGGGCAGUACACCAUCUUCACCGUCCGGACGUCGACUGAGUGUGGUGCUAAGUUACAGCAACAGUACCAGCGAAGGCGGCGAUGAUGAAGCUAGUGAACGGUGGCAAUGGAAUUGUCUACAUCCUGCUGAUCCAUCGGAUCCGCACAAUCCCUUGCCCCCCUUGAAUGGGGGUGCAUGCGAAAGGAAGAUGCGUGUUCCCAUUCUCAUUGUUGUCACGAAGAGCGAUCUUAUCGAACACCUGCAGAACGUUCUCGGCUACAACGAGGAGGUGUUUGAUGCCAUUCAACUGCGUCUGCGACAAAUGGCCUUUGAGAUUGGCGCUGGUCUCAUCUACACUUCCGCACGGAAAGACACAAAUAUACCCCUACUGAAUCGGUAUUUACAGCGCCGUCUAUUCUGCGAAGAAUUUCUCGGCUCGGCACAAAUUCUGAAACAGGAGAGCAUAUUUAUACCCACGGGUUGGGACACUCGGGGAAAGAUGGAAGGGUUGCCAGUGAAAUUGUCGGAGAACUUAGGAGGAUUUCCGGGCAAACCAUCUGUGAAGUUGAGGAUAAGCCUUCGUAACUCUGCUCGUGGUUUCGCCCCACGAGGAGCAAAUGAAACAUUGAAAAAGGAGGAGGUAGUGGAGGCCAUGGAUGAACAGACCUUCCUCGGGCGUAUCUUCAAUAAGCUAAGCGCCUUGGAGGUCAGUGAGAAAGAAAACUGGAAGCAAAGGACUGUCGAGGAAGACAAAAUAGCGGAGCGGAUUCACAUGGGACGAUCAGCAAGCAUCGCCCUGGGGAUGGAGGUAAGGAAGAGGGAGAGGAGAAAGAGAUUGGAGACAAAUGCAGAAGAGGACGAAGACGAGGGUGAAGCUGCAGUGCUGAGCAACUUUUUUACCACGCUGCUCAACAAACGACAUUCUAUGAUCCCCCAGCCCCACACACGGGGCAAGCAGUCGGAGAGCUUUUCGCAGGACCAUAGGCUCGCCAUUGAGGCGAUUCGUCUUCGAGCCAGACACCUCUCUAGUGGAGACAGUGGUGAAAAUGACAAACCAAACCGCUAUGAUAUGAUCAGCCCAGUUAAGAAGAAAAUGAUGGAAAAAAUACCAUCUCCGUCGUCGGAAAUGGAGGAAGCCUUCCGUGAGGAGGAUGUGGAAUCAAUGGUAGAUGAUACCAAACCUGAUGAUGAGGAAGUGAAACAACCGCUCAAUCAAACUGAGGCGCCGACCGUUGAGGAGACAACCGAACCGAAGGAAGCUGCCGAGAAUACCAGUACUCCAGAUUACGAACAACAACGAGAAGGACCAAUUCAAGAGGAAAUCACCGAUCAGGAAUCCCAAAAUCUCGCGAAUGAAACCGAGAAAGAGAACUGCCCCUUAUUUGCAACGGGAGAGCGCUCAUGUACCGAACAGAUGAAGGAACUGACUCCAAGUGGCACUUGCGAAGAAGAGACUAUGAAUUUAGACCUUCAUCAAGAAAUUAGGAGUGAGACACGGAAGGCCGAAGAGAGUGAGGUUCAGGCCGGAGCAGUGUCAGAGGAAACAGUGGAGGCGACGAAUGUGGUGACUGGUGGAGAAGCAAAGGAGGGAGCCAUUUCAAGUGAUGGUGCACAUCACCAGGACGAAACUAAGCCCGAAUCCGAGUGGGAGUUAAUCGUGAAGGGGGCCAAAGGAGUGACUGCAGCGGAGUCCGGGAUCGAGGCAAUUCCUGGUGUCAGUGAACUUCCUCAAGGAAUCGGGACUGAGGCGCAAGUCAGAGAGAGGGAAGGUCAGGUUGAAACCGUGCCAGGAGAAGCAGUGGAGGAGGCGAAUGUGGUGACUAGCAGAGAAUCAGAGGAGACAACUAUUCCAAGAGAUGGUGGGCAGCACCAAGGGUACACAAAGGAGGGCCUAGAUGAGGCUCCAAGUGACUCAAAGUCGGAGGCAAAGGUGGAAGAGGUAGAAGAAGAGGCUACGACGGAACCAGAGGUCAGGACGAUUCCCACUGUUGGUGAAUCUCAACAUGAGGCACUAAGAAAUAAUGCGGUUGACGAUCCGACGUCGGCACAGAAGGGAGAACACACUGAAGACAUCGAAGAACGUCAACAAGAAGCCUCCAAAGAAGGCCAAGAUGCAGCUCAGCCUGAAUUAAAGGUUGCGGGAGUUGUGGAAGGGACGGAAGAGAGGGCUGCGAUGGAGCCCGAGGUUGAGGCCAUUCCUGUUGUCGUUGAAACUGAACAGGGAAGGGAAUUUGAUGGCCAGUCCGCAGAUGAGGAACCUCAAAAGACUGAGGAGAAAUUAGGUGACACCAUACAAGUAGCCGUCAUUGAGACACAAUCGAAAGAACCUCAAAAUGAGGCACUAAGAGCUGACGAGACUGACACAUCGACAGCGACACAAGGGACAGAGGACGACAACAAAGAACAUUACCAAGAGGCCAGAGGCGAAGGUCAGCCUAAACCGAAGUCGGAGGUAAUGGUGGAAGAGACGAAUGAGGGAAUUACUGCGGUGCCGGAGACUGAGGCAGUUCCCGUUGUUGGUGAACGUGAGCAGGAAAAUAUAUUUGUCGACCGGUCGUUAGACAAGGUAUCCCGUUUGGCAGAGGACAGCUUGAGUGCUUUGAAUCAAGAAUGUACAGCCUUUACAGUCAUUGACAUGCAAUCGAAUGAAUUACACAACAAGGAACUAAAAGUUAGUGCGAUUGACGAUUUGACGGCGGCACAGAGGGAUGAAGAUAAAAAAGAAGAAGUAAGAUCGAAGGAGGAUGAAGUCCUACUUACAGAAGAGCCUCUUAGUGCGGUAAAAUUAGAUCCCUCGGGAGCAAAUGGAGAAAACGCCCGCGAAGUUCAGGCAACUGGUAAGGAACAACCAAACCAUUUGGAGGAAGAUCAAACGCUGUUAGGUAUGCAGGAGGUGAAGGAAGUAGACACGACUGGUCAAGAUAAAGAGGGACAUCUAGAAGUAUGCGCAGAGGAAGUGUCUGAUAAUCAGCAUUUAAUGGAGGACACCCAAGGGUCAACAGACGGUGCACGCGAUAUGGAAGUAAAGGAAUCUACCCCAACGGUAGUAGAAGAAACGUCGGGUGUGGAUCCUGAUGGUGCGUCAGAGAAGAGAGGAAGUAGUCAGAAUGAUGUGGAAGCUGUGUCAGAAGGCAUGACAAUGAACGAAGGCGACGGCGUCCAAAUUGAAGGUGUGGGCACCUCUUCUGGAGAAACUCAAAGUGGUACAGCGACCACAGAACAGGUCAGUAAUCAGCUUGAGGAACAAAGGGUGUCACAGCCAGAGGACCAAACCGCUCCUAGAAAUGAAUCAGCUAAGCAUGGAUCCCAGGAAAAUUGCCAGAAGAACCUCCAUGUGAGGAGCAUUCGACAGGUUCCGCUGAAGUUUAUUCGACACCACCGUCAGAAUCAGCAGACGAUGAAAGGCGUGAAGGGAUCCAGGCUAGUCCAACCACUCAUGGUGUUUCUUCUAGACGCAGAGGGCUCUGAAAAGCACAGGGAGGGAGAAAGUUAUGAGGCUAAACCAGUGGAGGUGUCAAGUAAAGUGGAAACGAGUUGUCUGCACUUGAAUCCGCUGGACCAGUAA